AUGGCGGCACCCAGCACAAAGGCUUUCCGUGUCGUCCAGGCCGGACGUCACGGCGCUGUAUCGUCCUAUACACAUGCAUCGGGAUCACAGGCGCCCGUGUCUGAAAAGGCGCGAAUUUCUGAUCAUGCGAUGGAGGAAGACGAAGAGGAGAUGGCAACCAUGAUAGCUAUGCCAGGGCAAGCUGUCGCUUCCAGCACGCUAUAUAUGCGUGGCCAUGGCUGCUACAUUGAUGCGACACACUCUGAAAUUGUGGCUUCGCUGAGUGGCGUGAUUGAGCGUGUGAAUAAGCUCAUUUCGGUACGUCCUAUUCGCACACGGUACCGCCCCGAAGUCGGUGAUUUGGUCAUCGGGCGUAUCACUGAAGUGCAAUCCCGUCGCUGGAAAGUGGAUAUUGGGGCCAAGACCGAUGCUUCGUUACAGCUCUCUUCGAUCAACUUGCCAGGUGGUGUGCAGCGAAAGAAGCUUGAGUCCGAUGAGUUGCAAAUGCGUGCCUUUUUCCAAGAAGGUGACUUGGUCGUAGCAGAAGUCCAGUCCGUCUUCCAGGAUGGAAGUGUGGGUCUGCAUACACGCUCUCUUCGAUACGGAAAGCUGCGGAAUGGUGCUUUGGCUGUGGUGCCACCUGUGCUGAUUCGCAGGCAUAAAAGUCAUUUCUUGUCGCUGAUGCAGCUGCCAGAGAAAGGCGUAGACUUAGUCCUGGGCCUGAAUGGAUGGAUUUGGGUAUCAAAGCAUGUCCCCUUCGACGUGUCCAAAGCUGAAGGAGAGGGCUCGGAUGUUAAGGAAGAGAUGGUGGGGCCUGCGGGUCGCGGGAUUGCUAUGGACAUUGACGGUGUGUACAGUGAUGUGAACGAGACCAUUCCUGCAGCGACACGCGAUUCAAUUGCGCUCGUAUGCUUGGUCCUAGCAGCCUUUGCGCACUAUGGCUUGGCUGUAUCAGAUACCGCGCUGGAGCAUGCAUGUGCGCUGGGCGAAUCGAUGCAAGCAUUGCAAGCGGACCCUGUGGCCUUUGCGAAGCAAGUCGCUGACGCAUGCCAUGCAGGUGCCCUCUAA